CACUUCACGAAUUUCAUUUGUCAAGUGAGCACGCGGCAACGCCAAGUGGGAAAUUUCUAAUUCUGCAAAAGAAGUUUUUAUUCUGUGACUUUUGUAAGAAGUUUAACAACUAAAAAGCAAAAUGGGCAAGGAUUUCGAUGCUGUUGGAUUCGUCAAGGAUUUCGCUGCCGGUGGUAUCUCCGCAGCUGUCUCAAAGACUGCCGUCGCCCCAAUUGAGCGUGUGAAGCUGCUUCUGCAGGUUCAGCACAUCUCGAAACAAAUCAGCCCCGACAAGCAGUACAAGGGUAUGGUUGAUUGCUUUAUCCGCAUUCCAAAGGAGCAGGGCUUUGGCUCAUACUGGCGCGGUAACUUGGCCAAUGUUAUCAGAUAUUUCCCAACCCAGGCUUUGAACUUUGCCUUCAAGGACAAGUACAAGCAGGUCUUCUUGGGUGGUGUUGACAAGAACACCCAGUUCUGGCGUUACUUCUUGGGCAACUUGGCCUCUGGUGGUGCUGCCGGUGCUACCUCUUUGUGCUUUGUCUACCCAUUGGACUUUGCCCGUACUCGCUUGGCUGCUGAUACCGGCAAGGGUGGCCAGCGUGAAUUCACUGGUUUGGGUAACUGCUUGAGCAAGAUCUUCAAGAGUGACGGCAUUGGUGGACUGUACCGUGGUUUCGGAGUGUCUGUCCAGGGUAUCAUUAUCUACCGUGCUGCCUACUUCGGCUUCUACGAUACUGCCCGCGGCAUGUUGCCCGAUCCCAAGAACACACCCAUUUACAUUAGCUGGGCUAUCGCUCAGGUUGUUACAACUGUUGCUGGUAUUGUGUCCUAUCCAUUCGAUACUGUCCGUCGUCGCAUGAUGAUGCAGUCUGGCCGCAAGUCCACCGAAAUCAUCUACAAGAACACACUGCACUGCUGGGGCACCAUUGCCAAGCAGGAGGGCACAGGUGCUUUCUUCAAGGGCGCCUUCUCCAACGUUCUCAGAGGCACUGGCGGUGCUUUCGUGCUUGUGUUGUACGAUGAGAUCAAGAAGUUCUUGUAAAUUAAAUUAUUAAAUUAUUCAAAAACAAACAACCAACCAACAACAACAACAAUACAAAUAUAACAACAACAACAACAAAACACUACCAGCUAAUUAUAUUAGAUAAAACAAUGAAAAAAAUAAGAACAACAACAACUAUUUGGCCAGAAUAACGCCCCAAACGAUAUAAUUAUGAAAUUAUAUUAUAUAUAAUAACUGGGAA